GUUUGAAGUACGCUAGGGCCGACUCGGACUAUCAGUAAAAUUACUGCCUCGGGCAUCGGAGGUGCAGCUGUAUCUUUUAUCAAGUCGCUCCCUGGCAGGUACAUACAGUGAACGGAGGAACGCUCUAUCGCGACCGCAGCAAGAGGCUGUGUUUAAACUCGAACUAACUCCAAUGAUGGUAUCCCAGUGUUUGCGCCGCCACCCUGAUGGGUUCACAACUCAUUCAUAAGGCCCACAACGUAUGUGUGAAACACAUUUUUUGACCUCUAGAUGGAGUAUUCGACCGAUGAUCUCGCAGCAGCGAGGAGCUUGCAGCUCGCUACGUACAUCCAUAUGUCGAUGGCUACAUUCUGGUGGACAUUUUUACUUCAAUCACGCUGGGGCAAGAUGAAAACCCUCUAUAUCGUCACACGAUACCUCCCCUUCAUCUUUCUCGCCACGGAUCUAUAUCUGUAUUGUACCCCGAAUGAGAACCCAAGUAAAUGCCGGGUGUUGGAAAAUACUGAAUCAGGUCUGGGAAUAGUAUUAGUCAUUGUAUCUGAAAUUUUCUUUAUCCUCAGAACAUAUGUGCUCUGGCACAAGAAUAUAAUCUUACUUGUGGCCAUGCUGUCCACCUUUUUUAUUAUUCUCGCAACAGCCUUCAGCAUUGCCUUCACCACUGGAGUCCCCGCAGCAUAUACGACUAGCGGGGUUCCGGGCAUCACAGGGUGCUACCAGAGUUCGACCAGUUUCCAGUACUUCAUACCAUUUCUUCUCCUUUCUGUGUUCGAACUGGGACUUAUGGUGCUCACGCUCAUACGCGCCAUACAGAACUGGCGGAUAAACCCAAGCCGUCUGUACGUUGCCUUGGUGAACCAUAACAUAUUCUAUUAUGCAUGCGGUUUCCUGCUCUCGGUAACGAACGUCUUCGCAUCGUUGCUCCUCCAGUACUCCUAUCAGAACAUUUUGUAUGAUUUCGAGUUCAUGACCCUUGCAAUCCUUGCCACACGCAUGCACCUCCAUCUCUGGAAAACGGACCGACGUGGACAGGGCUCUGGCACCCUCAUGCAUAUUCCAAUGUCCGACGCGCCAUCUGUAAAUUCAAUGGCGUGACCUGUGGCUUAUUCGAUGUCGUUCGUGGAGCGGUGCUUGGAUCAUACAAGAUGACUGCUGAGUGAGUUUGGUAGAGUUUGCUACGUACUUCACUUGUAGGAUGAGUCUGUCACGGAGGUGGGAGUAGUAUAU